AUGGGCGACGGAUCUGACUAUCCUAGUCCUCGAAGUGAAGCUCCGCACGGAGCUACUGCUGCCGUCCUCGCCUCGACGGCUGAAUCCCUUUCAAUUGCCAGAAUGGAGCAACAGCCUCCCAUCAACUACAACAUAGAAGGCACACGCCCGCGCCUCUCUGUUCGGCGCGCCCGGGAUCCUCCCAAGAACCCCGAGGGUCAGAUCUAUUGUGAUCACCCAGAAUGCCAGGCUCAACCGCCAACUUUCCGUCGCCCCUGCGAAUGGAAUAAACACAUGGAUAAACAUGAUCGUCCUUACAAAUGCUACGAGCCAGGCUGUGACAAGAUACAAGGAUUCACCUACUCAGGCGGCCUGCUUCGCCACCAACGCGAAGUCCACAAGAAGAAUACGGACGCCAAGAAGCCUCUCAUGUGUCCCUAUACCGAUUGCAACCGGAGUACAGGAAACGGGUUUACGCGCCAGGAGAAUCUUCGGGAACAUUUGCGCCGUCGCCACAUGCACACUGACGACAGUUCUCAGGGGCUUAUGGUCGAAAUGCCCUGGGAUCGCGCCAAUGAGCUCGAAGGUGUCCGUGCCAACUCACUUCCCGCCACUGGAGUCAAGCGCAGAUUUGACUCACCGAACGAGGAGCAUCAAUUGCCCGAAGAGGAAAAUGGGGACCUCCACAACGAGGUGAAGCGACUGCGCCGCGAAGUUCAAGAGAAGGACCGUCGCCUCGAAGAACUAGAGCGUAUUGUGGCGGAUAUCCGACAAGCGAUACCUCAGCCUGCUCAGCCCGAGCCCGAUACCUCUGUGUCACAGUCUCUUCCUGCCGUUCCUCAGGUUGCUGUGCCCCAAGUCUAA